AUGCAGGGGAGAAAAGAGAUACCUCUGGGGACGCUGCAGCCACGGACACGAUGCCUCCGAUGUGGGGAUGUACUGGAGUGGUCAGAGGAGCACAGUGUCCUGCUGGGCUGCUCCUGCUGCUCCACGGCAGAUGAAACACUGGAGAAAGUAGCCAGAGGCCUGGCCAGCAGAAUGAAAAGGGAGAGGAGUCACUGGGCAGAUGGAAGAGUGGGCGACAUCGACUUCACUGGCUCCACUAAGAAAAGAGGAAAGUUUGUGAGGGUGUCCAGCAACACGGACCCGGUGCGGAUCUACCAGAUGCUGACGGAGGAGUGGGGCCUGUCUCCUCCUCACCUGGUGGUGGCGCUGGUGGGAGGAGACGAGCUGGCCCAGAUGAAGCCCUGGCUGAGGGACACGCUGAGGAAGGGACUGGUGAAGGCGGCCCAGAGCACAGGGGCCUGGAUUUUGACUAAUGGGCUUCGUUUCGGCAUCACCAAGCACUUGGGCCAGGCGGUAAGAGAUCACUCCUUGGCCAGCACCUCCUCUAAAGUUCGUGUAGUGGCCAUUGGCAUCGCACCCUGGAACAUGAUCCACAACCGGGAGGCUCUGCUCUCAGCCAAGGUGGAUGAGCCCGCUGCCUACCAGCCACAGGACCUGCCGCACGGCUCGGUGUAUUCCCUGGACAGCAAUCACUCCCACUUUGUGCUGGUGGAGGAGGAUCCCAGCCGGCCCGGAGCCACCAGUGAAAUGAGGGUGAAGCUGCUCAAGCACAUCUCUCUCCAGCGCACUGGCUACGGAGGUGCAGGCAGUUUUGAGAUCCCUGUCCUGUGUCUCCUGGUCCACGGGGAGCCCAGGAUCCUGAAAAGGAUGUACAAAGGCAUUGGCAAUUCCACACCAUGGCUGAUUCUGGCCGGCUCGGGAGGCGUGGCCGACAUCCUGGUCACGCUGAUGAAUCGGGGCUGCUGGGAUACGGACGGCGUUCGGGAGCUGCUGCUGGACACCUUUCCAAAUGCCCACCACAGCACAGACAUCAGUAACUGGGUCAAGCUGAUCCAGAAGGUUCUGGAUCACGGGCAUCUCCUCACCGUGCACGACCCCCAGCAGGAGAGCUCGGAGCUGGACACGGUCAUCCUCAAAGCUCUGGUCAAGGCUUGUAAGAGCCAGAGUCAGGAGGCUCAGGACUUCCUGGACGAGCUGAAGCUGGCCGUGGCCUGGAACAGGGUGGACAUUGCCAAGAGUGACAUCUUCAAUGGAGACGUGGAGUGGAAGGCAACCGACCUGGAGGAAGUGAUGAUGGACGCACUGAUCAACGACAAACCCGACUUUGUGCGCCUUUUUGUGGACAACGGCGUGAACCUGGGCGAGUUCCUCACCUACGGCCGUCUGCAGGAGCUUUACUGGUCCGUGUCGGAGAAGAGCCUCCUCCACAACCUGCUCCUGAAGAAGUACGAGGAGAAGCAGCUCCUGCUCGGAGCCGCCCGGACGCAUGGUCCGCCCGGCAGCCAUCCGCCCGACCAGGGGAAACCACGCUUCACGCUCUUCGAGGUUGCCAAAGUGCUGAAAGACUUUCUCCACGACUCCUGCAAAGGCUUUUACCAAAAGAUUCCCACAGAGAAGCCAGCGAAGGGCCGACUGUUCCACAGCCAGAAGAACCUGGCGGAGUUGGAGGAGCGCUGUGAGCAUCCCUGGAGGGACCUGUUCCUCUGGGCCGUGCUUCAGAACCGACAGCAGAUGGCCAACUACUUCUGGGCCAUGGGCCCCGAGGCGGUUGCGGCGGCGCUGGCGGGUUGUAAGAUUCUGAAAGAGAUGGCGCGACUGGAAUCCGAGGCGGAGUCUGCACGCAGCAUGAAGGAGGCCAAGUACGAGCAGUUUGCCCUCGAUGUGUUCGGAGAGUGUUACUCCAACAGUGAAGACCGGGCUUAUGCUCUGCUGGUGAGGAGAACUCAGUGCUGGAGCAGAUCCACAGUCCUCAACUUGGCCACCGAGGCUGACGCCAAAGCCUUCUUUGCCCACGAUGGCGUUCAGGCCCUCCUCACUAAGAUCUGGUGGGGGGCGAUGACCACCGACACGGGCAUUUCCAAACUCGUGGUGUCGUUCUUCUGUCCGGCGCUGAUCUGGACCAACCUCAUAAAGUUCAGUGAUGAGGAGCUCGAUAACCGUACUGGCCGCGAGCAGCUUGUGGAGCUGGACAGUCUGGAUACAGAAAAGGCUUUGCUCUUAACUGACGACGAUGAUCCUUUGGACUCUGGAGAUCCUGGAGAUCCAGCAGCUCAGAGCUGUGCCUCGGUCUGGUGGCGUUUCCUGCUCCGCCGGUGGCGUCGCUUCUGGAGCGCUCCUGUCACCGUGUUCCUCGGUAACGUCAUCAUGUACUUCGCCUUCCUCUUCCUCUUCACCUACGUGCUCCUGCUGGACUUCCGCCCGCCGCCACCCGCUGGCCCAGGACCCCAGGAGAUCAUCCUCUACUUCUGGGUCUUCACCUUGGUGCUGGAGGAACUUCGACAGAGCUUUUUCACGGAUGAAGAGAUGAACAUCCUGAAGAAAUUCAAACUGUAUCUGGAGGACAACUGGAACAAGUGUGACAUGGUCGCCAUCUCACUCUUUGUUGUCGGGGUUUCCUGCAGGAUGGCCAGUGGCACCUAUGAGGCCGGCCGGACGGUCCUGGCCAUAGACUUCAUGGUUUUCACGUUACGUCUCAUCCACAUCUUCGCUAUCCACAAGCAGCUCGGGCCCAAAAUCAUCAUUGUGGAGAGAAUGAUGAAGGACGUCUUCUUCUUCCUCUUCUUCCUGAGCGUGUGGAUGAUUGCGUACGGCGUGGCCACUCAGGCUCUUCUCCACCCCAACGAUCCCAGGAUCGACUGGGUGUUCCGCCGAGCCCUGUACCGCCCCUACCUGCACAUCUUUGGUCAGAUCCCCCUGGAGGAAAUAGACGCUGCUCGCAUGCCUCAAAUUAACUGCACCAAUGACCGAGAGGAGAUCAUCUCGGGCCUGCGGCCGCCGUGUCCCAACGUCUACGCCAACUGGCUGGUCAUCCUGCUGCUGGUGAUCUUCCUUCUCGUCACCAACGUCCUGCUGCUCAACCUGCUGAUCGCCAUGUUCAGCUACACAUUCCAGGUGGUGCAGGGCAACACGGAUAUCUUCUGGAAGUUCCAGAGAUACAACCUGAUCGUGGAAUACCACAGCCGCCCGGCGCUGGCUCCACCCUUCAUCAUCAUCAGCCACCUCAGUCAGAUUCUCCUCAGCUUGGUCAAACGGCCCGAGUCCAAGCAGGAGCACCUGGAGAGGGAGCUGCCAGUGGGGCUCGACCAGCGGUUGAUCACAUGGGAGACGGUGCAGAAAGAGAACUACCUGGCCAAACUGGAGCGGCAGCACUGGGAGAGCAGUGAGGAGAGACUAAAGAGCACCUCCUCAAAAGUUCAGAGCUUGCUGAGGAUUGUCGGUGGGGUUAAAGACCAAGAGAAGCGCCUGGCGUCCAUGGAGGCUCAGGUCAGAUACUGUGGAGAGGUGUUGUCCUGGAUGGCCGAGUGCUUUGCUCAGAGCACGCUCAACUGUGGGAAAGACGCUCCAAAUGCUCCGGUGUCUCUGACGGGCUGCGAGGCGAGCGGCACCAAGGACGCAUCUCCAGGUCAACCAGAGAGAGAGGUCAAAGAGGAAAGUGGAGAAGUCAGACCCGGUCACCCAGGAUAUGGAGCUAACAAGAAAUAUCCUUAUAUCGAUGAAUAAUAUAACAGUCAAUCUCUUUAUUUAUUAUUAAUAUUAUGGUACAUCGUUCUGUAAGAUGAUGGAGAUGUUGUUUGGACUUUAAUUUAAAUGUAUAAAAGGAAGAUGCCUGCCUGGUGUUUCAUUGUUGUCUCAUGUCAGGACACAUUGAUGCGUCUGCAGCUUCCUGUUGUUGACACACAUUCUAACAACACGGCUCUGACUGUUCUGUGAAACACAAGGUGGAGCAAGUCAUCACAUGAGUCACUGUGGUUCCUCAGGAACGUGACAAGCACAUACAGGAAUAAAACUCAGCUAAAAGGCAGUUUUUCCUAUUAUAUUGUAACAAUGACAAUGUUUACAUGGACACCAAUAAUCCAUUAUUAACCAAACCAUUAAGACAAUACUCUGAAUAAGACACUGGCAUGUAAACAGCAAUUUCUGAUGACCUUAACCUGAAUUAAGGUCAAACUCUGAAUAAGGAAUAAUCAAAUUAAGGCAUGUAAAGUCUUCCGACCUUAGUUUCACCAUGUUUACCCCUUAAUCACAUUACUACAUCCUAGGGGAGUUUUUACAUCAUUUACGACACUGACAAGUACAUCAGACUCUGUAAUGUAAUUAUGAAAGGUAUAUUCUAUUAGCAACUCAUGUAAACGUUGUCAAUUAUUGAUAUUAAGUAAAACCAUUGCUUGUACACUGAAACCAAUGCAAUGAUAAAGCCAGCGUAAAAUCUUUUAUCCACAUCUUUAAAAGCUUAACAGGCAGCAUAAUAUAUCAGAGUAUGUGAUGUACAUCUGCUCUCGAAAUAUUUGUAUAAGUCACAUUUGGCAGGAGCUACGAGUGAAAGGCACAAAUAAAAAGUACAAUGAG